AUGUUGGUGGGUGGGUGCGGCAGGCGGCCGUUGCUGCUGCAGCAGCUGCAGCAGCUGCUGCCUCGGCCGCAGCUGCUGCAGCAGCUGCUGCCGCUCGCCGUGCUGCUGUGUCUGAGCCUCGACUUGGCGUCGGCCUUCACAAUCAGCAGCUGCCGGCCAGCAGCGCGGCCUCAGCCGCAGCGGCAGCCCUCCCUGCUGCCGCCUUCUUCCCCCCUCCUCCUCCGCCGCCGCAGCAGCAGCAGCAGCAGCAGCAGCAGCAGCAGCAGCAGCCGCGCGCGGGCCCCCGCAGAGCCCAGGGGCCCCUGGGCCGAAGUGCCCCUCAGCCGCUUCCGAAACCUGGGCAUUGUGGCCCACAUCGACGCCGGCAAAACCACAACUACAGAAAGAAUUUUAUUUCUUACUGGAGUUUUGCACAAAAUGGGAGAAGUCCACCACGGGGAGGCGGCCAUGGACUGGAUGGACCAGGAGAGAGAACGCGGCAUCACCAUCACUGCUGCGGCCACCACCUGCUUCUGGAGCAGCAGCAGCAGCACCUGGACCACCAGCAGCAGCAGCAGCAGCAGCAGCAGCAGCAGCAGCAGCAGCAGCAGCGGCGGCGGCGGCGGCGGGGAGGGCGCUUCGCUCGCCCUCCCGCCCUCCUCCCUGCUGCUGCCGCACCAGCACCAGCACCAGCAGCACCCGCAGCAGCAGCAGCAGCAGCAGCAGCAGCAGCAGCAGCAGCAGCAGCAGCAGCGGGGGCUGCUGCACCGGCUGAACCUGGUGGACACUCCGGGCCACGCGGACUUUGCUGCAGAAGUGGGGCGCUCCGUGCGGGCGCUGGACGGGGCCGUGGUGGUGAUCGAGGCGGUGGGGGGGGUGGAGGCGCAGAGCGAAGCAGCGUGGCAGCAGCUGCAGCAGCAGCAAGUUGCUGCUGUUGCUUUUGUGAACAAAAUGGACCGCCCCGGCGCCUCCUGGAGCUGCUGCCUGCAGCAGCUGCAGCAGCUGCAUGCAGCUCCCGUUGCGCUGCAGCUGCCGCUCGGCGCAGCAGCAGGCUUCGUCGGCGUCGUGGACCUGAUCCGCGAAGUGGCGCUCGUCUGGCCCGACAGCAGCAGCAGCAGCAGCAGCAGCAGCAGCAGCAGCAGGAGCAGCAGCAGCAGGAGGAGCGAGGCCGCGAGCUUCCAGUUUCGCGUGGAGCCAGUGCCCCCCGAGCUGCAGCAGGAGGUCAGCAGCAGGAGGGCAGAACUUGCUGCUGCUGCUGCUGAGGCCUCCGACGAACUCACGGCCAAGUACCUCGACAGCAGCACUUUAGCAGCAGCAGACAUUCUGCAGGGCCUCCGGCUUUUGACUAUUCAAAAAAAGAUUCUUCCAGUUCUUUGCGGCAGCUCUUUGAAAAAUAAAGGAGUGCAGCAGCUGCUGGACGCAGUGGUUGAUUUGCUGCCUUCUCCGCUCGACAGGCCUCCCGUCGAGGCCUUCCGGCCCCGCCCUGCUGCUGCUGCUGCUGCUGCUGCUGCUGCUGCUAGGGGCGCUGCUGCUGCUAAGGGCGCCGCGCGGGGGGCAGCAGCAGCUGCUGCUGCGGAGGCCCCUGCUGCUGCUGCGGAGGCCCCUGCUGCUGCUGCGGAGGCCCCUGCUGCUGCUGCUGCGGGCACCCCUGCUGCUGCUGCUGCUGCUGCUGCGGGCGCCCCUGCUGCUGCUGCUGCUGGGGAGCGGGUGCUGCUGCAGCCGGACGCGGAGGGCCCGCUGGCUGCGCUGGCGUUUAAGGUUUGCCGAGACCCUUUUUUAGGGUUUCAAACCUUCGUGAGGGUUUUCUCGGGGACUUUGCGCGUGGGGGCGGAGGUUUACAACGCGCGGACGCAGCAGCAGGAGCGGCUGCAGCGGCUGCUGCUGCUGCACUCGAACUCGCGGCGAGAUGUGCUGCUGCUGCGGGCUGGGGAGAUCGGGGCUGUCUUGGGGCCCCGCUGCUUCUCCACGGGGGACACUCUCAGCAGCAGGGGGGCCCCGCUGCUGCUGCAGCAGAUAGCAGCGCCGCAGCCGACGGUGAGCGUGGCGCUGGAGGUGCAGCAGCAGCAGCAGCAGCAGCAGCUGCUGCAGGCGCUGCGGGCCUUCGCGGAGGAAGACCCCUCGCUGCAGGUGGCCGUGGACCCCGAGACGCAGCAGCUGCUGCUGCGGGGCCUCGGCGAGCUGCAGCUGGAGGUCGUGCUGCAGCGGCUGCAGCGGGAACACAAACUUGCUGCUGCAGCAGGGGCCCCACAGGUGAGCUACCGCGAAACUGUUGCUGCAGCAGCAGCAGCAAAAGGCCGCUAUGUGAAGCAGUCUGGGGGCAGGGGCCACUUUGCUGAAGUUUGGCUAAGAGUGGCCCCGGGGGCCCCCGGCAGCGGCUGCUGCUUCUCAGACGAGAGCCGCGGGGGCUGCGUGGGCCCCUUUGCUGCUGCAGUGCGCGCGGGGGUGCAGCAGCAGCAGCAGCAGGGGCUGCUGCUGGGGGCCCCCCUCGCGGACCUGCAGGUGACCCUCUUCGACGGGGCCCUCCACCCCGUCGACAGCAGCGAGCUGGCCUUCCAGCUUGCUGCUGCUGCUGCGCUGCGCGCGGCCCUCAGCAAGGCCCAGCCGCUGCUGCUGGAGCCCCUCGUGCUGCUGCACAUCUGCUGCCCCCCCCAGUGUCUGGGGGCCGUCGUGGGCGACCUUGCUGCUCGCCGGGGCGCCGUGCAGCAGCUGCGGGACGCCCCAGGUGUACAUACACCGCAGCCGCAUGCACCGGGUGUACGUACACCCCAGGCGGAAGCGUGGGGUGUACGUACACCCCACAAAGUGGUGAUCGCGCACGUGCCCCUCGCGGAGUUGUUUAAUUACACAACUGUUUUGCGUUCGCUUUCGCAAGGCAGGGCCUCGGCCUCCACUUCUUUCCUCAAGUACGCGCCAGUCCCGCCCCACAUUCAGCAGCAGCUCCUCGAAAAACGGGCCGGAAAACUCAAAAAGUGA